AUGAAGGAGAGACGCUUUAAUUCUUCUAAACUGGGUAGGCGUGGCUCUUCCGUGGGUUCCCGGUUAGCUUCUGUGCAUCUCCACAACAAUAAAAAAACGAUAGGGACGCCUGUGCUUGAUACCCGCAGCCUGAGGGAACUAGCAAAAGACACGGAAACUCAAUCACGACAAUCUGGUACUUCACGCAGCCGCUGCUCAUCCUCUGUGAUGGAGUUGGAAGAAACGAUUGCCGAGGUCAUGGGAGUCCGAAUGCAGUCCUUAAAUGACUUGGGGGCUCGAAUAGAAGAGCUCUCUUCCAUAAAUAGACAGGAGGAAGCGGCUUUUCGACAGCAGAUGGCUGAUGUACUUCAGCAAUUGGAAACUGCGCGGGCCAAUCAGUUAGGUACAGAGAAAGACUACGAGACACUGCUGAAAAAAGAACGUAAAGAGCGUCAAGCCGUAAUGUCAUUGAUGCAACGCUUUAAAACUGAAGGCGCUGAGGUAAUUAAUACAAUGAAGGAAUCAUUAAAAGAGGCUAGAGCUAAAUGGAAAGCUGAAGUGGAACUGAAUGCCCAAUUAACCGCCCAGUUAAGGCAGUCCCAGAAUAAAAUUAUGCCAAGAAACUCUCCGAAUACAAAUGAUGCCGAUAUGCCCACAAGAAAUUCUGGUGAAACUACCCUUUAUACCAAGAUUGAUAUAUUGAGGCGGCUUCUUGAAGAGGAGGACAACAUUGUAGUUGAAUUACAGCAGCGCAAUAAAACUCUUGAAAGGAAAGUGUAUGUUCUUACUCAGCAACGCAAUCGACUGUUGGACCUCGAGGCACAGCAUUUAGAGACUGAGGAAUUCAACACCGAGUACAACACCUUGCUAGGUACGGUUCGUGAUUUUGAGACGAUUGAUAAGGAAACACCACUUGAAAGGAGGGUGUGUGUUUUAACGCGCUUCACAAAAAUGCUUUUGCAGCGUUUACAGUCAGAGCAAAGACAAAGGCUUCGGGUUGAAGAACAAACUGUUCGGAUGGCUUCAGAACAUGAUCAAAUAGUGCGGGCUUUGGAGGCUCGUAUCAAAAGUUUAGAGCUUCAAAGGAGUACUAGUGCUUCUUCAUAUCGACAUAGUGUUCCAUACAUUAGUGAUGAACUGACAUGGGACAGUGGGUUAAAGAAGGACAGAAUCGAAAUUCUGCCUAGAAGUGAGGAGGUAGUUCCAACGGGAAAUGCGUCGUUUGGUCAAGGGGCUUUGAACCCUUCCAGGGCGGAUAAUGAAACCAAAUUGCCUCUUACUCCUUCAGUUGAGGUGAGUGGCGUCAAACCACAUUCGGAAAAGUCGGUCCCGAAUGACUCUACUGGGGAUUCCAUGCAUGCAACAUUAGAGGCCCAGUUAGCAGCGGUUACAAGUGAUUUUCAGCAAUCUGUCGCGGAAUGGACCGCUUUUCCAUCGAGUAAAGAAAAGUCGUUAAGAGAGGAGGAUUUUUGCCCUGCGUGA